AUGACGGCAUUUCUUCAAUUAUUCUGCCUAAUUCUGCUCUUCAGUAGAAAUUCAGAGGGCACUUCUGAACAGCCUGAGAUUUCGGUCUUCACUGUAGCUACACAGAAAACUCAUGGACUGGAACGAUUCCUACGAUCAGUUCAAGUUUAUAAUAUUAAUGUUGAAGUACUGGGCAUGGAUCAAAAAUGGGUAGGUGGCAAUAUGGAGCAUCCUGGAGGAGGCCAAAAAAUUAAUCUCCUUAAAAAAAAACUAAAAUCCUUGAAGAAGUUAGAGGACCGAGACCGAAUAAUUUUGUUUACUGAUAGCUAUGAUGUAAUGUUUCUGGCUGGACUACAGGAAAUUGUUGAAACGUUUCUAAACACGUAUGCGCGAGUCCUUUUUUCGGCAGAACCCUUUUGUUGGCCCGACCCUACUUUAGCCAGUGAAUAUCCUGAUACAACCAUAACUCCUGCAUUUUUGAACUCCGGUGGCUUUAUAGGUUAUUAUGCAGACAUAAUGAAGAUAUUGAAUUUCGAAAAGGUUCGUGAUGAAGAUGAUGAUCAAUUAUUUUACACAAAAGUAUAUCUUGAAAAGGAAUACAGAAUUAAAUACAGGAUUCGCUUGGAUCAUACAUCAGAGAUUUUCCAAAAUUUAAAUGGAGCGUUGUCGGAUGUCGAGUUGGUAACCAAUACUAGUGAAGGGGAAUUCCCAUAUUUAAAGAAUGUGGUGUCAAACACGCGUCCCCUCAUCGUCCACGGCAACGGCCCCUCUAAACUAAUUCUUAACCAAUUCUCUAAUUAUUUGGCCAAAGCAUGGUCGGCCCAUGAAGGUUGCGCUAUGUGUGAUGAAAAACGAACUCCACUAAAGGAGGAUUCGCUACCAAAUGUGCUAAUGGCGGUGUUCAUUGAACAACCAACGCCUUUCUUGGAGGAAUUUCUAACACAAAUACAAAGUAUAGAUUAUCCGAAAAGAAAAAUUCAUCUCUUCCUCCACAAUAAUGUUGAAUAUCAUGAGUUGGAAGUAGAUAAAUUCUACAAGGCUAAUUUCAAGGAUUAUCUCAGUGCCAAAAGGAUUAAGCCCACUGAUUUCUUGUCUGAAGCAGAAUCAAGGAAUAUUGCUAAGGACCGAUGUGCCGGGUCAGCUUGCGACUACGUGUUCUCUAUCGACAGUCUGUCCCGGGUUCAGCCAUCCACAUUACGUUACUUGUUGUCCACGGGAUAUGAUGUGAUAGCGCCUUUAUUAGUCCGAGGAGGACAAGCCUGGUCCAACUUCUGGGGCGCCAUCAACUCAUCUGGCUUCUACGCUAGAUCUACAGACUACAUGGAUAUCGUUAGCCGAAAUAUAAAG